UGCAGCAUUUAAAGUGACCUACAGAUUAAGCUCGAGUGGGAACAGUUGGCGUGCACUUUUUAAACGCUUCCUAAGUCAAAUUUUAACUGUUUGUUCCCAAAGCUGAAAAUCUAGUCCAAUGCGAGCUUCAGCCACACGUAGUUAGCUUGCUAGCUACAUAAGAAGUUAGCUAGCAACCUGACGACCGCCAGCCAAGUUUCUGUCCAGUCGAGAAAUAUUUCAGAAGCAGACACGGAAGAUGCCAGUGAAACAGACCUUGCCAAGCAUGACGAGGAUGACUAUGUUGAAAUCAAAGAGCAAAUGUACCAAGACAAACUGGCCUCUCUGAAAAGACAGUUGCAGCAAUUACAAGAAGGUACACUGCAGGAGUAUCAGAAGAGGAUGAAGAAGCUGGACCAGCAGUACAAAGAGAGACUCCGAAAUGCAGAUCUGUUUCUACAGCUUGAGUCAGAGCAGGUGGAGAGGAACUACAUCAAGGAGAAGAAGGCAGCGGUGAAGGAGUUUGACGAUAAAAAGGUUGAACUGAAGGAAAACCUAAUUGCAGAGCUGGAGGAGAAGAAGAAGAUGAUCGAGAACGAAAAAUUAACAAUGGAGCUGACGGGCGACUCAAUGGAAGUAAAACCUAUCAUGACUCGGAAGCUGAGGAGACGGCCCAAUGAUCCAGUUCCAAUACCUGACAAACGGAGAAAACCUGCACCAGCUCAGCUAAAUUAUUUGUUAACAGAUGAACAGAUAAUGGAAGAUCUAAGAACCCUUAAUAAGCUUAAGUCACCAAAACGGCCAGUGUCUCCCUCGUCUCCAGAGCACGUCCCCUCCACUCCAAUGGAGAACCCCUCCCAGCGUUACGAGGCCCGCAUCGAGGAGGGGAAACUUUACUACGACAAAAGAUGGUACCAUAAGAGCCAGGCCAUCUACCUGGAGUCAAAGGACAACACAAAGAUUAGCUGUGUCAUCAGCUCAGUGGGGACCAAUGAGAUUUGGGUGAGGAAGACGAGCGACAGUACAAAGAUGAGGAUCUACCUGGGACAGCUGCAGAGGGGAGCGUUUGUCAUUCGUCGACGGUCGGCUGCGUGAAACGUCUCCCCUCCCCACCCAACCCCUGUUCAUUCAUCCCUCCAUCCACCCGCCGGUUCAUCCACUAUUUCCCUAUGUGGUGCAUCUCAGUUGAGUUUGACAUGUGGCCUCUUAUUCUUCAUCAUAUACUCUAUCUCCCACAACACAAACAUAAAUGCGCGUACAGUCUUCCAUGGCCAAGAAUGUCUCAUCAGAUUUGAUCUGUUUUCCCACAUUAGCCAAAUGCUAGUACAGUCAAAGUGGUUGUAUACACAGCUGGCAGUUUUGCAACAUUAUUUGUCACUAUGUGGCAUGUGUGUGAAGGCUGUCGUGGUCAUAAAGGAGCCUACUUUAAUUUUUGUCUCGUGCUGUAAACACAAAUCUUUUGUACACCAUGCAGUCUUUAUUUACAUUUAUCAUUAAGUUAUUUUUCUUGAACAGCUUCAUGUUGACACACAGAAACUGUCUCACUGGUGAAGUGUAACAAAGCACUGUACUGAAAAACAGAUGAGGAAUUGCUUCAGGUUUGGCUGACCAACAUUAAUCCCUUCACUGAAGAAGUUACAGUUUCGUUAUACCAGGAGUCAUGCCAUUUUCAAAAGAAUACAGUAUUGCCUUUUUCAUCAAGAAAUGAAGGCUGCUUGCUAUGCUGAUGGUUUGUCCUAAUAUGUUUUAAAAGUCCUUAAAUUCCUAUUUGAAAAAAAAUUGUAUUUUGAGGUUAUUUUUUUGUCAUUUUAUGUGAUCCGCUCCAUGUGUGAACAGUCUGGAUUAGUUCAACUGUAUUUGCAUGUGGAGCAUUAACUUUACUCUUGAUUUGUACUGUGUUCGAUUUUAUUAAAAUGUUUUCUGCGUUUUAAUAAUUUGAUGAAACGGGUCAUUGCGUUGACAUUUAUGAAAUACACAAACAAGUUUGCUGGCAUUAAACUAGGCAUGGUAAUCAACACUUCCAGAAAGACUUUGCCUUGACUUUAGCAUCUAUCGUGUACUAACAAGACUAAUAGUCUUCAGUCAUGCUAACAGCUCAGUGAGGCUGUUUUUAAGCACAGUGGUGCUCUGAGCCGAAUGCUAAUGUCAGCAUGCUAACAUGCUGAUGUUAAACACAUAGUGUUUAUCAUGUUUAUCUUAAUUUAGCGUGUUAGCAUGCUAACCUUUUGUAAUUAUCAUUAAACACAAAGUACAGCUGAGCCUGAUGGAAAGUGUCAUCAGUAUUUAGUCAUAAGCCAAAGUGUUGGAAAAUUUGAAAUUUUGACCUGAUGAUGGUGCUAAAGGAAAAGUCAGAGGAUCACCGAAGUCAUUGGGAUUCAUCCUCUGGGAACCAUGAAUGUCCAAGCCAUAUCCAGAUAUUUCACUGGAUAAGUGAAAACAUUGACUUGCGAGUGGCGCUAGAGGAAAAGUCAGGGCAUCACCAAAGUCAGUAGGAUUUCUCCUACCAAAUCCCAGAGGGACCAUGGAUGUCUGUAGAAAAUUUCAAGUUGCUGAGAAAUUUCAGUCUGGAUUAAAGUGGUGGACUGACCGACAUUGCCACUGUCUCACCUGGCCGCUUUAAAGGAAUGGACUGCAGCUGCUGCUGAUACGCUGCUUACAUCACGCAGCCGGUGUAGACAAGGACUCAGCAUCAGGCUUGUCUAACUUGUUGGCCUGCAUCAUGAAAAAAUGAAUGCCUUUUGUAAUCUAAUGGACAUUUUCAUAAGCAAAAGAGUUAUGUUAGUAUAUGUAUGAUUUUAAUCCUGCAAUUACGGAAUAUUGACCAUUUGGGGGCAGUGGAAACAAGCUGUGAACACAACACUGAUUUUAUCAACUUAUAAGUUGAAAUAAAGAGCAACAUUAGCAUUCA